GGGGAGAGAGGAGGAGCAGCUGUGUACCAGGGACAAGACGCUUCAUUAAUAAGGGAGAAAUGAUGAGCAGCAGGCUGGGGGAGAUGCCUGUGUGUUGGAUCUACUAUGAGGGGCUCCUGAUGUGAAGGGGGUGGCUCUGCCAUUUUUGCAUGCUGUGUUUGCUGUGCCCAGAGAAAUGUCCUGCUAGAGGCACCCCAGCCUGGGAUCUGUUCUUCACAUACAGGAGGGCAUCCUCUGCCUUUCUCCACAUCACCCCUCUGAUCUGCUGUGAGUAAAGGAGAGUGGGGGACCACCAUGGGGAACACCACAUCUUGCUGCGUGUCUUCCAGCCCCAAGCUGCGGAGAAAUGCCCACUCCAGACUGGAGUCCUACCGGCCAGAGCAAGACCUGAGCAGGGAGGACACGGGCUGCAACUUGCAGCACAUCAGUGAUCGGGAGAACAUAGACGAUAUGAAUAUGGAAUUUAACCCCUCUGAUCAUCCUCGGGCAAGCACAAUAUUCCUCAGCAAAUCCCAAACAGAUGUGAGAGAAAAGCGAAAAAGCCUUUAUAUAAAUCACGUGACACAUUUAACUUUAAACGUUUUAAAUGUUGCACAGUUGAGAAGGAAGUACAGCUCUUGUUCUACUAUUUACCUUGAUGACAGCACAGUCAGCCAACCUAACCUCAAGUAUACUAUUAAAUGCGUAGCCCUUGCAAUAUACUACCAUAUAAAAAACAGAGAUGGAGAUGGACGGUUGCUUUUAGAUAUAUUUGAUGAAAGACUUCACCCUCUUACUAAAUCAGAAGUCCCGUCUGAUUACGAGAAGCAUGACCCAGAACAGAAACACAUUUACCGCUUUGUUCGGACGCUUUUCAGUGCUGCCCAGCUGACUGCUGAAUGUGCCAUAGUAACCCUGGUUUAUCUUGAAAGACUGUUAACCUACGCAGAAAUAGACAUUUGUCCAGUCAACUGGAAACGGAUCGUACUGGGCGCAAUACUUCUAGCCUCUAAAGUUUGGGAUGACCAGGCGGUGUGGAAUGUGGACUAUUGUCAGAUCCUGAAAGACAUCACAGUGGAGGACAUGAAUGAGCUGGAACGUCAAUUCCUGGAACUUCUGCAAUUCAACAUCAAUGUUCCGUCCAGUGUUUAUGCCAAGUAUUAUUUUGAUCUUCGGUCACUGGCAGAGGAUAACAACCUCAGCUUUCCACUUGAGCCCCUGAGCCGGGAUCGUGCAUGUAAACUUGAGGCUAUUUGCCGCCUGUGUGAGGAUAAGUACAAGGACUUCCGAAGAAUGGCCAAGAGACGUUCUGCAAGUGCUGAUAACCUGACUAUUGUACGAUGGUGUCCUGCCAUCUUAUCCUAACAGUGGCUCCACCUUGCAGACUACUCUGUCUCACAUACUGUUUUGUGGAUACCUUGUUGUCUUUGUCUCGGGAAAUAGGACAUCUUUUUCUAUUCUGAAGCGUUGGCAAGCCUCCCCUACAGUGCCUCCCUGUCACAAAGAUGGGAUACAUCUGUCACUUUCCGCAAACAGUAUAAAGCCAUGUCAUUUUUUUCACACUCCUCUCAAUGAUUCGGACCGAGCAUCGCCCUCUUUAUCCUACUGUGAUAACAACCCGUAAAGGAGAAAAGGCAGAAACCGAAAGGAAACGUCAAUGGAAAUCAAAUGCUGAACACAAACUGGGACAACUAUGGAAGUUAGUUGUGUGGUUUAUGUAUAUAACAGGGUGGUCGUAACUAAGAUGACGACAUUCUGGGGAAUAUUGAUAAAGAUCUAAUAGGACGA